AUGAACGACCUUAUUGACAACCUGACAAACAUUAUCAAACGUAAGGAACACAUCGAGAGUCGUAACGAACAUCUUCGUGAACAACACACUCUCCUCUACACACGAACACAUGAAACGCUGCCACUCCGUUGCGGUGAUCAGAAAAUAGGCCACCUCAAAAGUAUCGGCGCAUGCUGGGAAUGUUUCAACACACGACAUAAAACAAUAUCCUGCAACAGACCAGACUGCCCUCAUUGUGGCGGCCAUCACAAUCCUAUUAUAUGCCUACGUAAAUCGCAAACAACAAGAGCAACUCAACCGAUUCAAACCUCCCGCAAACGCUUCAACCAGAGACCACUUACAUUAAGUAACAGUAAUCAGCGACGACCAUCAAAUUACUAUAAACCUCCACGUUUUUCACGUUUCCGUUCCCUCACGCCAGACACCAUUGCCCUACAACAAAAUCGACGCCAGUGGCGAGGCUCGUCACUAUCGCCAAUUAGACUCAACCAAGAAGAACAACGCCGCCGAAGGAAUUCUUCACCCUUCAACCAAACUAGCGAAAACCUUAACUCACCAUUCAGGCAAAACCAACAAGUACACGACUUACCAAUAAGACAACGUCAACACAUUAGUCAUCCCUUAAGUACCAGCGAACAGAGUCAAAAUCGCUCCAUUACCAUAUACUCCCAACACAACGCAUAUCAAUUUCCAAAACAGCUGUUCAUCAACUCUCCAACCAUUGGCAAACAACAAAUUAAGCCUAACUUUUCUAAUUACAACAAAAGCAAUAUUAAAGCUCGAUUAAUGCACAACGUCUACAACUCAUACCCACUUCGAAACACCAUCAUUGUCAACACAUUUGGUGGCCACGCAGAAAGGAAACAUGUAACAUGCGUCGAAACACUCUUAGUUAAUUCUCAGGAACAAUCGAUAAAGUCAAAUACUUACACACGACAUUAUAACACAAAGCCCUCAACCAUAAUAGACUUACAAACAGAGGAUAAAAUCUUCCUGGAAGAAAAAUUUCCCAACAAUCACGCCAUAUGGUUACAAGACUUCACCAUAGAAGUUAAUCCCGACAUCCUUCUAGGAAUAUACUACUUCAACGAUAUAUUACAAACAAACGAACCCAUCAUACGACUACCUUCAGGGUUAUUUAUGACUCCAACCUUUUUUGGUCCAGUGAUUUCCGGAACGGUAACCACAAGCGAUACAGAACCUCAACACUUCUACGACCACAUUAUCCGCACAUAUACCACGCAGUGUUCGUAUGAACACUCUGAUCUAGACUAUUCAGACCUAUGGAAACUUCCAGGCGUAGGCAUAGAUGAACUCCAGACAAAUGAAGAGCUUAAUAGACAAAUAAUUGCAAAUUUCUACUCCACCGUUCAAAAUAGAAACGGAAAAAUCUACAUACAAUUUCCUUGGAAAACAAACAAACAUCAACUAGCCGACAACUAUAACUUAGCCCUAAGCAUUCCUUGGAAUCACUCGACUGAUACUCUUUCCAUUUUGUGCAAACUCAACUACGAACCAAACCCAACUAAACGGAAAGUCUUACAAUCAGCACACUCUACCUUUGACCCGCUUGGUCUUCUAACACCUCUACUGCUGCCCGCCAAAAUUUUCCUGCAAGAUCAAUUUUCCUGGAAACACAAGCGCAAUUGGGAUGAACCACUACCAGAAACAAACAAUAACACAUGGAAAACAAUUUGCGAACAGGCCGAUGGCUUUACUGCGCACCUUCCACGAACGAUUGUAAACAACUACACUGGAAUUCGAUACAAACUCCACUCCUUCUCCCAAACAAAGAAUGGACCAUUCGUGGAUAAUCGAUGCACAGAAAUCAGACAAAAAACACAAUCAUGGUCACAAGAACAUGCAAUACUAAGCUACUUACAUUACAUUCCCUCCGAUGAUAAUCCCGCAGAUUGCGCAACAAAAGGGCUUACAAAGGAACAAAUGCACCUGCACCGCUGGUGGUCAGGACCAUCCUUCCUGCAAGAUGACCAAUCAAAAUGGCCAUCACUUCUCGAGUUCUCUUGGCACCCUAAAGACGACCAAAUUCCAGACCAAGAAAACGCAUUGCACACAAACCUAUCCACGUCCACACCAUCCAUCACUUCUUCCGAACCAUGUUCUCUCAAUCUACUCACAAAAUUCAGUUCCCUUGAUUCCUUACGACACGUGACAGCUCUAGUUCUUGAAUUUCUGAAGUGUUAUAUCUAUGACAAACUCCCGGACGACACUAAAGAUACACUCACUACAAGCGCACCAGAACUCGCAAAAAUAACUUCAACCAGACCAAUUUCACUUCCUCAAGCUCAAGAUAUCAAGAUGGCCGAACAGCUCCUGCUUAAGCUCACACAACGCGGUCUAUCGAAGGAACAUCAUCGCAAAUGGAAUCACCUAGCCCUAUACAAGGAUGAGAAUGGCGUCAUCAGAUGCCGAGGUCGCAUACAAUCCGAGCACCUCACAAGAGAUGCUCGAGACCCAAUUCUCUUACUCCCAGAUCAACCUCUGGCAGGACUAAUCAUACAAGACACCCACGGCCGUUGCGAUCAUCAAGGUGUUAAUGGAACUUUAGCCAACUUACGCCUUAUGUAUUGGAUACACAGUGGCAGACAGAUUGUACGAAAGAUCCUACGAAAAUGCCUUUCAUUCAAACGAUAG